AGUUGAUAUCAAAGUAAAUAUUAAUAAAAUUAUUUUUUUAAUUAGCGUAGCCAGCUGACAUACUAUUUCAGAUAACUUUUGACAGCUAGCGGUGAGCUAUGAAUGACGUCGAAAUUUAGUCAAUCAGUCGUCAAAAUGGCGUUAAUCAUGUCGUUUGUGUCGGUCGCGGUGUCUAUACUUUACACGCCGUUUCUUCUUCUCAUUCUGUGCAUAAUAUUCCUGGCUUCUAUCGGAAAAUCUUUGGGCGUGCGUCGGUUAUAUGUGAACAUAUUACUCAAACUUUUCGAGUAUGGCCGACAACACAUCGAAGUGGCAAAGAAGCUGCAGCGCAACGACAGCUCGGACGACGAGGAGCCCCCCGUGCCGGACGACAAGCCGCCGUCCGCCAUCUUUAAGGAGAACGGCAUCAACGGUACUAAGAUGACAGUGAUAGAGCGAGAAGAGAUACUGGGGCCGUCGCCGGAGCUCAACUACAAGAGGAGCACGAGCCAGGAGAGGGUUUCUAACGGCGUGCGGCCUGAUACCGCGGGGAAAGGGGAGGGGACGAGAGAGAACAACCUAGAGUUCCACCUCCACCACUGCAUGGACCUGGUGAAGGCCGGCAUGGAGUCCAUCAUCGAGGACCAGGUCACCUCCGUCUUCGAGGCCGAGGAGUUGAGGAGCUGGAACCUGCUCACCAGAACAAACAUGCAGUACGAGUUCCUCUCCUGGCGGCUGACCAUCAUCUGGAUGAUGGGGUUCGUGGUGCGCUACUUCUUCCUGCUGCCGCUGCGCAUCAUGAUCUUCGUCAUCGGGAUAAUAUUCAUGCUGACAAUGACAACUGUCGCCAGCACGCUACCGCCCGGCAGAAUACAGCGGUUCAUAGGCAUGAUGUCCUACAUGAUCUCCAUACGGAUUAUGAUACGUUCAUUAUCUGUGGUCAUCAACUACUACGAUAAGCAAAACAUGCCUAAAGGCGGAAUCUGCGCUGCCAACCACACCACUAUCAUAGACGUGGCAGUCUUAAGCUGCAAUCAGUGUUUCUCUAUGGUGUGGUGGCUGGUGCUGUGCACGGCGUGCGUGGGCACGCUGCCCGACGGCCGCCUCAAGCAGCGCGUCAACUACGGCGUCAGUAUCAUGUGCUUCAACUUCCUGUCUCGGUGUAUCAGCGCCGUGAUAACUUACCACGACGAGGACAACAAGCCGAGGAGUGGGAUAUGCGUUGCGAACCAUACUAGCCCAAUUGAUGCGUUGGUGCUCAUGUGCGACAAUACGUAUUCACUGAUAGGGCAGCGGCACGGCGGUUUCCUCGGGAUCCUCCAGAGGGCGCUGGCGCGCGCGUCGCCGCACAUCUGGUUCGAGCGCUCCGAGGUCAAGGACCGCCACGCCGUGGCCAGGAGACUAAAAGAGCACAUAUCAGUUCCCGAUAAUCCCCCGAUCCUGAUCUUCCCGGAGGGGACUUGCAUCAACAACACUUCGGUGAUGCAGUUCAAGAAGGGCAGCUUCGAGGUCGGCGGGUGGAUCUACCCCGUCGCCAUUAAAUACGAUCCCCGUUUCGGCGACGCGUUCUGGAACAGUUCCCGCUACGGCAUGCUGCACUACCUGCUCAACAUGAUGUCGUCGUGGGCCAUCGUGUGCGACGUGUGGUACCUGCCGCCCAUGAGGAGGGCGGAGCGCGAGGACGCCGUGGCCUUCGCCAACCGCGUCAAGGCGGCCGUGGCGGCCCGAGGCGGGCUGAUAGACCUGCAGUGGGACGGCCAACUGAAACGUAUGAAGGCGAAGAAAGAAUGGCGAGAAUUACAACAAGAAGAAUUCAGCAAACGGUUAAAAGGCGAAUGAAAAUACCUGGUUAAAGUAACAGGUAAAAAUACCUGGUAAAUACCAGCCGAUACCUGGAACAGGGAAAUGUACUGAGUGUUAAUGUGACUUAAAAGUGAGUGAGUUAUUAUUAUAACUAGUAUACGUUUUGUAUGGAAAAUACCCGUUAGUAUUUUAUUAGUUACGCUUUGAGCGUAUUGUGUAUAUUUGGAGCCAUAUUGCUUAGGUAGUAUGUUAGUUUUUUUUAAUGUAACAUACAGGUUGUAGAGACGAAUCAAAAACUAUAAGAUAUAGCCAAAGAUAAUUUGAAAUAGAGGUGAUUGUCAAAGAAAUCUUUGUAGCCACAGUAAAUUUACUGCCAUCUUUCGACACAUGAUUAAAACUUUUAGGACGCCGUUUGACUUUGAUCCUUAUUUUUCACUGAUAUGUGUUAAAUUUGUUAAAUAUCAAAAAGUGGCGCCGUCUGCAGGGCACAACCUAAAGGUUGUGGCAUACCUUUGUCCUUUGAUCUAUUAGAUGGCGCCACUUUUUGAUGGCGUCCUAAAAGUUUCAAUCAUGUGUUGAAAGAUGGCAGUAAAUUUACGUCGCUACUAAGUUUUCUUUGACAAUACACCUCUAUUUCAAAUUCUCUUUGGUAGUAUGCUAGUUUUUUUAAUGUAACAUACAGUAGAGAGGAAUGAAAAACUAUAAGAUAUAGCUAAAGCCAAGAUCUAUUCUGGGCUUAAGGAAUACUUUCCUCCCGUUUUUAAUAAGGGAGGUAUUCCAUUUGCCCCAAUAUAAUAUAUGUUCAAUGUACAUUUUAUCAAAGAAAUUGGGCGAUUUCUUCAAAUUUACUAGAAACACCAAAACUAUAUCAAAUAUUACGAAUGACACUUGUGUCGAAAUUCUUUUCAUUUUCUUGGUUUUUUUGUCGCCAAAAAAUGUGACAGAGUGGAGCUUUAUGUAUGAGAUGAAAUUUAAAUUUAAAUUUUUCUCAUGUAAAAUAUAAUAUACGGAAAAGAGUAUGAAAUAGAGGUAAAUUGCCACCAUACCUUUGGCCUAGGCUCUAUUAGAUGGAGCCCCUUUUUGAUAUUUAACAAAUUUAACAUGUAUCAGUGAAAGAAUAAGGAUCAAGUGUCGAAAGAUUCUACAAAAUUUUCUUUGAAAAUCCACCUCUAUUUCAAAUUAUCUUUGUCAUCCCUAUAAUCUUUACUUGAUGUAGCACUUGGCAUGAAAACUUAGCGUGGUCGUGGUAGCGUAAAAUUUACCUUCACAUUCAAACGGAGUUCCGUUCUCAUUUUAAAACUACGUGUUGGAUUGUAAUGAAACUUUGCACAUACAAUAACACGAGGUAUAUCUAGGGCCGAAAUUUCUUUAUAUUGCUCCACCUUAUACAACAAACGAAAUAGAGCAUAAACAAGCUUUGUAUAAGAAUUUGAAAUUCGCUGUAUUUUUUUUUAAUAUCUUAUACCUUUAAACGAGCAAUUCUUGUAUAGUAACAUAUUUCUGUGAUCUCGGAAACGGCUCUAACGAUUUCGCUGAAAUUUGGUAUAUGGGGGUUUUUGGGGGUAUACAAUCUAUCUAGAUUAGUCUUAUGUUUGGGAAGACGCGUGUUUUCGAGUUUUCAUGCGUUUUUCUUGCGACGCAGAAUAUGAUCGCUAAUUUCGUAUUGCCGGCUACUGUCCGUUUGGUCCAGCGGGUUAAGACGCGGACUGCUAAACGAGUGUUACGGGUUCGAAUCUCGCCCGGUGACCAACUUUUGUUUUUUUUUAUAUGUUCAAGUUUAUAUAAAAAAAAUUAAUUUUUAUUGUUUUAGACAAGUUUAAAUUAGUAAAAAAAUGUAGUUAAGAUUAUUACCUAUACACCACCAUAUUACAAUAAAUAGUUAUAACCGAGCAAAGCUCGGUCGCCCAGGUACUGGUAUCUAAAGCUACAUUACAGGCAUAGAUAUACCUUAUCCUAUUGUAAGUACAAAGUUUCAGAGCAAUCUAGCUAGUCGUAUUAAAAUGUGAGCGUAGCUGACGACCGGUCUGGCCUAGUGGGUAGUGACCCUGCCUAUGAAGCCGAUGGUCCCGGGUUCAAAUCCUGGUAAGGACAUUUAUUCGUGUGAUGAGCAUGGAUAUUUGUUCCUGGGUCAUGGGUGUUUUCGAUGUAUUUAAGUAUUUAUAAAUAUUUAUAUAUUAUACAUAUCGUUGUCUAAGUACCCUCAACACAAGCCUUAUUGAGCUUACUGUGGGACUUAGUCAAUUUGUGUAAUAACGUCCUAUAAUAUUUAUUUAUUUAUUAUUUAUUAGCUACGUUUGUAUGAACAACCGAGCUUGCUGGGGACCCUUAAGCCAGGGCGCCGUUAUUAUAUUCUUAAUUUUCAUUUCCAAAAUGAUAUAUGAUAUGAUUUGGAACCACAAGCCGAAGAACAAAUUUGAGCAUUACUUUUUCUGAUCCUGUAUGUAUUCGACAUUUACCAAAUUUUCAACAUUGUAAGGCCAGUGACAUGAAUAUUGGAGACAGGGCGAAAAAGAAAACAAAUAACGCUGUAAGUCGAUAAAAGACAAAAAUAUUGUAUGCCAAUACCAAUACUAAUCGAGUAUUUACUGAAUUUGACGGUAGAUGGCGCUGUAACAUGCUUAAACUAGUUAACGGUUAGCGUACGUGGUUUCUAUAACAUUAUUUAUGUUUUUCAAAUACUUGGUCUCAGUUUUUAAUAUCAGUAAUUUUUGUAGCUCUGUAUAGAGUCUGGACUAGUCUGUUGGUUCGUAAUUUUUAGUAAUAGGUAAUGGUGAACUAGAGUUGUGCCCGCUCGGUCUUUGAAAAGAGCCCUCCGAUCUCGGUCAAUAGGUCAAAGGAACUAGUUCGCUCUUUUAGUUCCAUUAGUUCAGGAGCAAAUCUCGAGGUCUGAAGGAAAGAUAAUCUAAAUCGAUCCGGUCCGUGGCUGACAUUACCUAGUGGGCGACAGGGACACCGCUAUUUGUUACUAGGUACCGACGUACCGACUACUGAACUAAAGGACCGAGACCGAUUAAGAGCGCUUAAGAUGAACUAGUUCCUUUCGAUCCGUGGUGGGAUUUCAUUCCUUUUAGUUCUUCGGUCCUGACCGACUCAAGCCUAUGGUGAACCAUCCCGACUUCAGAAGGGAGGAACCUAAGUGAUAUCUUACCGAACAAAUCAUUCUGCCAUUUUUUGCGGGGGGGGAACGUGCACACAGUCGCACUUCUCACACACUACAUACAAAAUCCAAUCUGUAAUGACGACACAAAUACAUAGAAAAUGACACACGUCAAAGACAAAUCUUGCACACCUCGAUCUCUUUUUGUGUACGGACGAGUCACAACACGCACCGCCAUAGGCACAGUUGUGCCAGUACUUUGGCAUCAGAAAUGAGAGUUAAAGUCUGACGCUCGCACUCGACGAUUGAAACGCUUCUAACAAAAUGAUAAUGUGAUGUGACGUCACAUCACAUAAGUCUGUGCUAAAUGUAUGGAAGAUCAAGGAAAUUGCCGUUUUGACCCUGAAAUAUUGCGUUUAUGUGUAUAGUUGUCAUACAAUUUAUUUUUCAAUAAAAUGUUAGGAAUCGUAUGGUACCAUUUUCUUUAAUAUUAUUGAAAGACAAAAAAAAUUUUUUUUUUUGAGACUGGACCCUUGUAUUUUUUUAUGAUCUCAAUAUAAUUGCAUGCAAGUAGUUUAAACGGCUGAAAUCACAAGACCGAAGCAACAUGGCGAAUAUGGGGAGUAGAAACAAAAGGGAAUUUGAAAUAGAGGUGGAUAGUCAAAGUAAAUUUUGAUGAAUAAAUGACAUAUGGCUAUUUGACCCAUGUUCUUUCACUGAUGUGUUAAAUAUCAAACGGUGUCGCCAUCUACUCGAGUAUAGGUCAAAAGUAAUAAUGCCAUCUAUUCGAGCAUGAUUAUUUUUUUUAAUUUUCGAGCCACGUUUUUUUCUUAAACUUGAUUUAUCUUAUACAGAGUUACAUAUAUCUUUGAAUAAACGGUACUACUAACGCCAUCUGUACGGGUAUGAUGGUCGUUCUUGUCUGCGUGACAGCGUGAUAAAACAGCACCUGUCACUUUCUAUCCCGCGGUGUUAACAAGUGACAGUUAUUUUAUCACGUGGAUAAAACCAUCCAUAAUACGCCUGCUGCUGGCAAGUAGUUUAAAUAGCUGAAAUGACAAAAUUACCGAAGCAACAUGGCGAAUAUGGGGGGUAGAGGUAAGCAGAAAACUCUCAACAUAGAAAAAUAAGCAUAGAGUGCUCACUUCAUACAACAGUUUCCUUACCAAAACGCUGAAUACCUUUGUAGUCGACAUCAAAGGUCAAGUAGUGGAUUCAUCAGCACUGCUACUUGACACCAGAUGUCACAAGUGUCGCUGACGAAAAGUGCUCAACAAUUUUCAACUAAUAUUACGAACAGGACUUGAAAAUAGAGUUCCAUUGAACUUAUCGUUCGUCGCGACAUCUAUUGUCAAGUAGCAGUACUGAUAAAUCCACGGCUUGAAGAUAGAGGUCGACUACGAAAAUAAUAAGCGUUUUAAACUGAAAUAAAUGUCAUAUACUAAGAAAAAGUGACCAAGCUCCAGCGUCCUCCCCCCGGUGGCCGAGUGGCUCAGGCACCUGCCGCGAUAGCACAGGACGCUGGUUCGAUUCCAGCCUGGGGCACUGGAUGCCUUGGUCACUUUUUCUUAAUAUAUGACAUUUAUUUCAGUUUAUAAUUUAUAUAGUAGUGUUUCUACUUUAAAUAAAAUAAAAUAUUUUCUAAAAAUAAUUUAAUUUGUUCUAUUACUUCUAAUAGUAUAAUAAGCGUUUUGGUAAGAAAACUGAUGUAUAGAGUGAGCAUAGAGUAUGUUUACAUAUUUCUCUAUGCAGGAAGCACAUUUGUAAAAGUGUUCAGCUGUCAUCUAUAAACAGUUCCAAAAUUGUCCAGAGUGGCUCUAGAGUCGCUAUAAACUUAGCCGUUAUAAACGGAGUGAAGUGGGCUGUUAAUUUGAAAAUUUAAUUUUUUUAAAUCAAAUAUUUUAGCUACUGUGGCGCCACCUGUUUAAGGUUUUUGACGGACACUUUCUCAUACACAGAGAGGGUUCACCUUACCUCUGCCCUCCAUAAUGACGAAUGAACAGGGCCUAAAUGUAACUUAAGGACGGGCUACGUCAGUACCAGAUGUGGCUAAAGGCCCUACUGAUUACCAGUUCGCCGGACGAUAUCGGCCUGUAUCGGUAUUCGCAAAGGCUGACAGGCCGAUAUCGCCCGGAGAAUUAAUAAUCAGCGGGCCCCUUAACGUAUUCAAUAUUAUGAUGAGUCUUAAGAGGGUCUCUUAUCAUAAAACGACCGAAUAGCGAGGCGCCUUUGACUCUGAUAGAGAUGCAACGGAUAUCCGGUUACUAUCCGGUUUUCGGCCAUAUUUUUAGUAUCCGGCCGGAUACCGGUUAGUUCCGUACUAUCCGGCCUGAUACCGGAUAGUUCCGUACUAUCUGGCCGGAUACCGGAUAGUAAUUUAGCACGAUAUUUAUGAACACAAUAUGCACUAAACACUAAAACAUGUUAUAAAUAACAAAACAAAGAAAAUUAAUAAGCAAUUCAAUACUGACUGUAAGUGAAUUUAGUUCACUUAUCUAUAAACGACUGCCUAUAACUAGGAACAAGUUGCAACCUGCAUCAAACUGCAUUCAUGCGAUCUAAUUUAAUAAUUUUUGACGAAACUUUUAACCGGAUUUUCGGCGGUCGAAUACCGAAUAUUAAGAGGGAAGAAUAGGUUUGCGAUCCUAACGAGAUAACGGUACUUUUUCUAUGAAAUUCCAUUUCGGGAGGAAACGGUUUCCACUAACUAAAUCUUAACAAAUCACUUUGAUUUUGAUGUCGAUCGCUUCAGCAUAAUAUAUUCUAGGUAUAAUAUAAGUUUCUUUUUGGUUUUAGGCAUAUAGGCUUAUAGGCUAUAGGCAUAUAGGCUUUUUUUUGUAUUUCAAAUAGAAAUAAACGAAAACCUAUAAACAUAGUUUUUCAUUGUGUCAAUUACAUACAAAAAAAUCGUGAGGUUGGAAAAUAUUUUGAAGUGGAAAACGUUUUUUCUUUUUGUAUGGGCUACCACGUGGUAUUUUUAUUAUUUUUUUAUUAUUCAAGUUAGUUACACAGCAUUACAGUAUUACUACUAAGGCACUGCGAACUACAAAACAUAUAAAAAAAAUACAAAGAUACGAGAAAACACAAAUAAUAACAAAAUACAAUCUAAUGUUUGUAUAUGGUAUGUGUAUUGGUAUACUUCGAUCUUAAGCGGACUCAACGGCCGGAUAUCCGGUAUCCGGCCAAGCCACUAUCCAUUGCAUCUCUACUCUCUAAGGGCGAGCAGGACGUCCUUGCACCUCUCAUCAGGGAUUCUGUGCGUCCGUUUAACUGGGGCGGAAGACAUUAUUCUGAUUAACUAAGAACUGGUUGAAGACUUAUAGUAUUUUUUCAAACAGGAAGGGUACGCAGACAGGUGUCAUUUCCUUAAAAUUUAUAACCUAAAAACACCAAAUCUCGCAAAAUUGUAUUAAGAUGAUAUCUGUCAGCAUACCCUUCCUGUUUGAAAAAUACUAAUAGCUGUGUUAAGCAUAAUACAUUUACAGUACAUAUGGUGCCACUUUACAGUACUAGUGCGAUAAUGCGUGACUAUGUCGAAUAUUUUAAGGGCCGUAUGUACUGUAAUACGUGGUACGAUACAUGUGCGAAUCACCUAUUUUCCGUAAGUACAUUACGAUACAAGUGCGAAAAUAGGUGAUUCGUACAUGUAUCGUAAUGUACUAUUACUUAACAACCGCCUGAUUUAGUGGUGGGCUUAUAUUGUUAUAUAGCUAAAAGUAAUCAUGGAUGAUUAUUUUAAAUAAUAUAGAAAAAUACCAAUAUAUUACGCGAUGUGUAUAUCAAACAUCGUCAUAAAGGAAUUUACCAAUUUAAGUAUCAUUGUAUGAGAAAGUUGCAAAGCAAUAUAUUUUUGAUGAUUAAAUUAAACAUGGGAUGCGACUAUAGGGAAUAUUACGCGAAACUCUGCGUAGGGGGCGCCACUACCACAAUCCAUCACAAUCUGAGGGUCUACCGCAAAACAAGAAAAUCGAAAUUUUACUCUUUCUCUCUAUCACUCUUGCGUAUUCGAGCGAUAAAGAGGCAGAUAACUAAAUUUCGAUUUUCGCGUUUCCCGGUAGGCCCUAUGUAAACACGCCUUGAUGCAUCAAUGUCAUAUUUUAUUAUCUGUGAAAACUUGUCAAAAACAGUUUAAGUCACAGUAUGUAUAAGUUACUAUAUGGUUUACGAAAAGUGCUAGUGCUGCACUCUGGCGGCAGAACAUUGCAGUAAUACACCCUAUUGUGUAUUGUGAAACAGACUCGAUUUGGAACUAAAGAUUCAUUGAAUGUAUAAGAUGUAUAAAAUGGUUUAAAGUUAAAGCAAAUGACAAUUUUUUUAAUAUGAUUAGAGUCAUGUUCGUUGCCGAAUUUCACUUGCCAACUAACUUUUACCAAAUGUUGGGUUAGGUUAGGUAAAGUUGCGAAAAGUUGGUUGCCAAGUGAAAUUCAGCAAUACAAUUUUCGACCGAUAAGCCCUUAUGUUAAUGGCACAAAUCAUGGGACAUUUAAGAGAACAUUUUGAGUAAGUAUUUUUGAUAUUUCACCGACACCUGCAAAAUUUCUUUCGCGUCAAAAAUUGAAUGUCCUAUUCGUCCUUUAUGUUUUCUAUGUAUUUAAUUACAGAUAUUUCAAUUGUUUGUAAUAUUAUUAACAAAUUAAAAUAGUGUUUGCUCCAGUCAUGGGAUGUAUGGCGCCAUUAAUUUUUAACUAAGAAACAUCUAUGAAAAUUAAUCUUAAGCAUCUCUACGGCGGUUAUUUAUGGUAAAAUGUUUGAUGAUUAAUACUUAUUUUACAGGAUUUGUCAAUACCAUCCCAUAACUGGCGCCAGUUCCAUCAUAGGGGUGGUUAUUAUAAGUCGUUUUGAAAAAUUAAUUUCAUAUACUUCCUGUAAUAUGCUGUAGUUCAGGUAUCACGAGCCUUGUUUUACAGGCAAUUUUAAUCCAAAACGUUUACCCAUUUGAAACUUUUUAAUCUUUGAGAUGUACCUUGUUAUUGGUAGAAACUGCGCGAGUAGUUUUCUUAAUGUUUUGACACAAUUUUACCCUAAAAUCAUGUAUUUUUAGAUGAACAACUAACUGAAUGUAACCAUUUGUAUAAAAUGAUCAAAGUGUUUACGCGUUCCCAUCAAGUUGUGUUUUUUUUUGUAUUCUCUAUGAUUGAUUGGGCUAUUAAAAAAACAUAUUUAUCUCCAUUUUUUAUUAGAUUUUGGAAAUAUACUAGAAAUUUGUAUAAUAUUAGGGCUGGAAAUGCUUUUCAUUCCGGGUAGAAAUUAAAAAUAAUAUCCAAUUUCCAAAAUUUAAAAAAGAGACAACGCUUUGUUUAUAAUAAUAUCUGAAAAUUGAAUUAGAGUUUUCGUUCGUCGCGACAUCUAUUGUCAACUAGCAGUACUGAUAAAUUCCGCUACUUGACGCUAGAUGUCGACUACGAAAUAACUCGUGUUUUGGUAAGAAAACUUAUGUUACCACACUUUCUUUACUUCUCUAUGGCCUAAACCAAAUUUCACUUGAUUUUUAUUAAAUCAUAUUUGAAGUUUGGCGUUUGACUGGGUCUAUAGAUCACAGAUCUAAUCAGAACCACUACGCAUUCAUUGAUAGUAUAAGAUGUCUAUAAAACCCUGAGUCGAACACCAUUUUGUAGUAACUGAUUUAACAAACAUCAACUUUUGACAAACAGUGUUACCCAUAUAGGGACCGUGCGCGUUAGUGUCUGCCAUCUUGUGGCCUGAUUCGGAACCAUAAACAUGUACAUUUACACGUCAAGUGUUUUUUUGUGCAUAGUAGGUUCUGCCAUCUUGUGGGCUAUAUCGGAACAAUAAACAUCGCAUUUACGCCUCGCGCCAAAAAUCUGACGGCUCCCGUGCUGCCUCCUACAGUUCAUGCACGGUCCCUAUAUGAUAGGAUCGCAUAGAUAUAUAUACGUGCGUCCGUGAGGAACAGAACAUACACAAUGCGACAAAAUUAUAAACACGUUUUAACAUUCCUGACAACAUACCAAAAACAAUCUACGUAAUUUGGUCGGGUUAUUUAUUCCCCACCAUAAACCAUACUAAAAUUUACGGUGGGGGGUAAAAAAACAUGAAACUGUGACAAGGACAAACAAUAAUGGAGCGUUUUUUUAACACUUUUUUUGUGACUUUUUUUGCACUUUUGUGUUAUUUCUAGUCAGGAUCGGGAGUCCUUUUCAUCCUUAUAGGAGAAAAAAAAAACCAAAAUUUCCAUAAAUUUUUCAAACUUUCCUUUUUGUUACCGCCAUACAAAAUAUAUGGGGAAAUGGUAACACAAUAGGAAAAAACCUCUGGGACAUUUUUAUCCCAUUAGAAUCGAAAGAGCUCGUGAUUCUGAGUAGAAAAAACACAAAUUAUAUGAAAAAAUACUAAAUUAAUGAAAGUGGCAUUUUUUUGUAAAGAAACCCUCAAUAACGCUUUCUCUGCUACUCCUGAAAGAUACAUAAGACUAUCCCGUUCUGUCAGUGCCCCCCCACCACUCACGCCCGAACCAUACUUAAUACCUGACUCAUGGUGUUACCGCAUAAUGUUCGGAGCCGAACAGCGCCAUCUCUACUUCACCCGUUAAACUCAAGGCUCGAGUUGGACAUUUUGCACAAUCAUUGAAUCUUUGUGAACGUAGAGUCAAGUUAUUAUAUAUCGAUACGGACAAAGAGCCAAAAAUAUGUAUACACGACCUUAUUUUUGUCACUUUGUCCGUAACGAUAUUUAAUAUCUUGACUGUACUAUUUUAUGCGUCUUAAUAUUCUCUUGUUUGUAGACAGCAAUGACAAAUGUGUCAACGGCCGGCAAAACGUCCCACUUCGCCGCUCACCAUAGAGAUGCUUUGACAAGUUAUUCGUACAAGCAAAUCUCAUCCUUAUGGUAAGCAACAAACUGAGACGUUUUGCCGGCCGCGGACAAGAAUAGACAAGUAUACAUUGGAAUUUCAUGAGAAGCUGUUACCAUUAUGAUAUCGGUUCGAAAUUAGACGUUAUUGUCAAACAGAUAAAGUCUGAUUUGGAAUGAAACCGUUAAAACCUUGGAGGAUUUAACAACUGGAGUCGCUGUCGAGAAACUCGGCCAAAGGUCAUAUGUAUUGUAAGGACUGACGUUUAUCUGACAUGGCUAUUUAUGUGUUACGUAGUCUCCAGGGCUAUAACCGCGAAAAUCGAAGUUUGUCAAUUGCGGGCAUUUUUCUCUGUCACUCUAAUUACAUCUUAGUGAGAGUAAAAGAGAAAGAUCCCCGCAAUUUGCGCAUUUCGGUUUCCGGCCCCCAGUUGUUAAAUCCUCCACGGUUAGAACAUGGCCACUACGCCUCGGCGUAAAAUUCAGUCAUUUAGAUUGUAUUUAUUUAUUUUUAGUUUUUAAUUGUUCUAAAGCAAUUUUGGAAAUAUUUGUACUGUUUUUUUAACGUGUAGACAUUUUUGUUAAUAAAGCAUUCCUAUAGAAAUGAAA